UUUAACCAUUAAAUAUAAUGUCAGGAAAUUGUUAAAAACAUUGUUGUUUUUGAUCUUCAACUGGAAAUUUAUCAAUAUGUGAAAUAUUUAGAUUUAUUGAUAAUACAGAUUAAUAUAUUCUUUCAACAUGUCAACUGCAGCUUUGCAACUAUUUGUUGCAAAUCUUAAAUCUCGACAUGAGCAUAUUCGAUUAAAAGCAGUGAAUGAAUUAUCCAUUUAUGUAAAAAGUGAACUCAGAGAAGCCACUGCAGAUGAAAUUAAUAGUUUUCUAGAUGAGUGCAACCACCAUAUUUUUGAUAUGGUUUCAAGCAGUGAUAUCAAUGAAAAGAAAGGCGGUAUUCUUGCCAUAGUGUGCCUGAUAGGGGCUGAUGUUGGCAAUAUGACAUCCAGAAUUAGUAGAUUCGCAAAUUACCUUAGAAAUUUAUUGCCUUCAAAUGAUGUUGGUGUGAUGGAGCUCACUGCUAAAGCUAUGGGUCAACUUGCUUUUGUUUCUGGAUCUAAAGCUUCGGAAUAUGUAGAAUUUGAAGUGAAAAGAGCAUUUGAGUGGUUACAAGAAGAUAAAGCAGAUGGAAAAAGACAUGCAGCAGUUUUGGUCCUAAAAGAAUUGGCAAACACAAUGCCAACAUAUUUCUAUCAGCAAGUCUCACAAUUUUUUGAAUUGAUAAUUAAUGUGAUUCAAGAUCCAAAAGUAGCAAUCAGAAAAGGGGCCAUUGAAGCUCUUAGAGCAGCACUGGUUGUUACUGCUCAAAGAGAAGUUGGAAAGCAGAAAGUUAUUUGGUAUAAACAAUGUUACGAGGAGUCUGGUAAGCUUCUUCUUGCUGACAGAGGAGAAAAAAUAAAGGAUGAACGAGUUCAUGCUUUCCUGUUGAUUCAAAAUGAGUUAUUGCGACUUUCAAAUGCUACCUGGGAAAGAAAAUAUACUACGCUACUUGAAAACACAGAUACUAAACGUUCAUUUGAAGGCGAAAAGUUCAAUUUCAACAGGCCUCUUUUUAUGUAUCCCAAUCCUAACAAAAAAUCUGCUGACCACCACAUUUCGCUGACUCUUACAACUGAAAAACCUGUCAUAAUUGAGUCUUCAGUUUGUCACCAGUUAGUUGCAGAAAAAUUUCCCUACAUAUGUAUUGACGUUAUGCAGCAGAAAUUCUCUAGAUACAACUACGUACAGCAAACUUUAUUGAAAAUAUUACCAAGAUUAGCAGCAUUUGACAAAAAGGAUUUUGUCGAGAAGCAUUUACCUGGCGCCAUGAAUUAUUUGUUCAAUAUUUUGAAGAGCAGAGAAAGGGAUCGAAACAAGGCAUUUGUUACCAUUGGUUUGAUGGCUAUUGCUGUUGAGGAAGAAAUGGAUCCUUACGUAGAAAAAAUUAUGGAACUCUUAAAAGCCGCGCUCCCAAGAAGCGAAAUGACAUUGAAGAAGCGUUCAAAUAUAGAUUCCUGUAUUUUCAAGUGUAUAACUUUUCUAGGUCUAGCUCUUGAAAAUCACGAUAAAAUGGAUAUACCAAACAUUCUGGAACAAAUGCUAGCUACUGGGCUAUCUCCUUCUUUAACAAUUUGUCUGAGAGAAUUAGCUAAAAAAGUACCUUCUCAUAAAAACAAAAUCAGUUUGGGCUUGUUGCAGAUGUUAUCUCAAAUAUUACUGAACCGACCUUUGGUCCAUCCUGGUAAUCCCAAGCAAAUGCCUUCUAAUUGGAUGUCUAUUAGCAGUUCUUCUGAUUCCUAUGAAUCCCACAUUAUUGUAUUAGCCUUACACACCUUAGGCACUUUCAAUUUUGAGGGUCAGCGUUUAUUACCAUUCAUUCAAAGAUGUUCCAAUCACUUUUUAGCCCAUGAACAAAUUGAAAUAAGACUCGAGGCAGUCAAAACAACAUGUAGGUUGCUCAGACAUGCAAUAAGAAGCAGUAUCAAGAAUCCUUCUGAAACGGUUACUAGGACUGUAGCGUCUGUACUUUAUCGUCUUCUCAGUGUUUCAUUGACAGACACCGAUCCCACCAUUCGAAGAGGUGUCCUUGUUUCACUAGAUCCUACUUUCGACAAUUACUUGGCCCAAGCAGAAUCGUUGGGGGCACUUUUUAUUGCACUGCAAGAUGAAGUAUUUGAGAUUCGAGAGAUUGCUCUUUUUACCAUAGGCAGAUUGAGUUGUAAGAACCCAGCGUACGUUAUGCCAAGUCUCAGGAAAGUAUUGGUUCAGUUAUUGACUGAGCUAGAGUAUUCUGGAAUCGGUAGGAAUAAAGAACAGGGGGCUAGGAUGCUGGACCAUCUUGUAGUUAGUGCGCCUAGAUUGAUCAGACCUUAUAUGGAACCUAUUCUGAAGGUUUUAGUUCCGAAACUGAAGGAACCUGAACCAAACCCUGGUGUAAUAUUAUCUGUCUUAUUAACUAUUGGAGAUUUAGCUGAAAUUACCGGUGGUGAUUCUGAACUUCAGCAAUGGAUGCAUGAACUGAUGCAGAUUUUGCUGGAAAUUUUAAGUGAUGCUUCAGCACCAGAUAAGCGUGCCGCUGCUUUAUGUACCUUAGGACAGUUGGUAGGAGCAACGGGUCAUGUAGUUAGACCCUACAAUCAAUAUCCUGUUCUGCUGGAUGUUUUAAUCAAUUUUUUGAAGACUGAACAGCAACCUUCCAUCAGAAGGGAAACUAUAAGAGUCCUUGGUUUGUUAGGUGCUUUGGAUCCUUAUAAGCACAAAAUCCAUCGAGGACAAGUUGAUUAUCAACCAGAAUCUCCAACGUUGAUAGCAAUGUCUGAUAAAGGGGCAGGAGAAGUUGAAGGUGAAUUUGGAUUGAAUUCAAGUGAGAUGUUGGUUAGCAUGAGUUCUCAUACGUUGGAAGAGUAUUAUUUGGCAAUGGCUAUAGCCACUCUCAUGAAGAUAGUAAGAGAUCCUACUCUUUCUCAACAUCACACUAUGGUUGUGCAAGCUGUCACUUUUACUUUCAAGAGUUUGGGUAUUAAAUGUGUCUCAUAUAUUCCUCAGGUCCUUCCUAGUUUGUUGAAUGUUGUGAGAACAUCAGAUAUAAGUUCAAGAGAAUUCCUGUUCCAACAACUCGCACAGUUGGUAGCUAUAGUAAAGCAGCACAUCCGUAAUUACUUGGAUGAUAUUUGUGAAUUGAUCAAGGAAUUCUGGGUACCAAAUAGCAUUAUACAGAGUACAAUCAUCCUUCUUCUUGAACACAUAGCCGUAGCCCUAGGUGCCGAAUUCAAAGUGUAUCUACCGAGAUUGAUUCCACAAAUCCUCAGAGUACUGAAUCAUGAUACCUCUAAGGAUAAAAUACAUACCAUGAAGCUCUUGGAAGCUAUGUAUAAGUUCGGAAAUAACCUAGAAGAUUAUAUGCAUCUCAUUCUCCCACCGAUUGUUAGGUUAUUUGACGCUCCUGAUUGUCCUCUUCCUGUUUCUAAGCGAGCUUUGGAAACGAUUGACCAACUAGCUGAAAUCCUUGAUUUCUCUGAUUACAUAUCUCGGAUUGUUCAUCCUUUGGUGAGGACAAUAGAUAACUCACCUGAACUACGUAAUGCCGCAGUUGAAUGUCUUUGUUCCCUGAUCAUGCAACUUGGCAGAAAAUUUUGUGUAUUUGUACCGAUGGUUCAAAAAGUUUUCAAUAAGCACAAAAUACAACAUAAGAAUUGCGAAAUCUUAAUGUCGAAGAUACAGACUGAGACCACUAUGGCUGACGAAACUGAUUUUGUCAUACCGAGAAGAAAAAAUAAGGAAGAUCUUUCUGUUUCUAGUGAUUCAUCCAUGAGCCAAAGACUCAAAGUAUCUGUGGAAAAUCUACAGCAGGCAUGGAUGCCUAAUAGAAGAGUUUCAAAGGAUGACUGGUUGGAAUGGUUGCGUUGCUUGAGUCUUGAAUUACUAAAACAGUCUCCGAUUCCUGCCUUAAGGUCUUGCCUUCCUCUAGCUCAGACAUAUUCUCAGUUACCGAGGGACCUGUUCAAUGCAGCAUUUGUCAGUUGUUGGACUGAGUUGAAUGAAGAUAAACAAAAGAGUCUCAUCAAUGGUCUUGAGUUAGCACUAGAAGUGCCAGAUGUUCCAGAAAUUACCCAAACCAUUUUGAAUUUGGCAGAGUUCAUGGAACACUGCGAUAAAGGUCCACUUCCCUUAGAUCCUCACGUACUCGGCGAACAUGCUAUGAAUUGCAGAGCAUAUGCCAAGGCCCUUCAUUACAAAGAAGAGGAAUUUCAAAGAGGAGGCACAUCAAAUGAUCAUGUUGUGGAAUCUUUGAUCUCUAUCAAUAAUAAACUACAACAAAAGGAAGCAGCUGAAGGUUUAUUACAAUAUAUGAUGAGACAAGCUGGUAAUGUGCAAGUCAAAGAACGUUGGUACGAAAAACUGCAUAAUUGGGACAAAGCUUUGGGCAUGUAUAAGGAAAGAAUUGAAAAUUCCUCUGAGUUCGACCAAGAAGCAUGUCUAGGACAAAUGAGGUGCCUGGAAGCUCUAGGAGAGUGGGCUGACUUGCACGAAGUAGUCGAAAAUAAGUACAAUCUUCUUUCGGAUGAUUAUCAGCAGAGAGCCUGUCGUCUUGCUGCGGCUUCAGCAUUUGGAAUACACAACUGGAAAUCAAUGGAACGCUACGUUAACAUUAUUCCAGAAGAUUCCCAAGACGGGGCAUUCUACCGUGCCAUUCUAGCUAUUCACAAGGAGCAGUACAGGGUGGCUCAGGAUUAUAUUUAUAUGACCAGAGACAUGCUAGAUACUGAAUUGACUGCUAUGGCUGGAGAAAGUUAUCAGAGGGCCUACGGAGCUAUGGUUCAAGUACAAAUGUUGAGUGAACUAGAAGAGGUUAUGCAAUACAAACUGGUACCAGAAAGGAGACAAACUUUAAAAGCUAUGUGGUGGCAAAGACUGCAAGCAGGACAGAGGUUAGUUGAAGACUGGCAAAAAAUAAUACAGGUACAUUCGCUGGUACUGGAACCACAUGAAGAUGUCCAUACAUGGCUGAAAUAUGCUGCGUUAUGUAGAAAAAGUGGAUCGAUGCGAUUGUCACACAAAACAUUAAUGAUGCUUAUUGGUUAUGAUCCUGAAGAAACUCCCCAACUGGGUUUGCCAAUGGUUUCUCCUCAUGUAACAUUUGCAUACACUAAACACUUAUGGGCAACAGAUCAAAAGCAUAAGGCUCUCCAACAGCUUGAAUAUUUUUUGAAUGAUUACGUACAACAACCUCUCCAGGAAAAUAUUGAUCUUGAGGAUAGACAGCGGCUAUUGGCAAGAUGCUAUCUAAAAUUAGGUGUUUGGCGAGAAUCACUGGAAGGCGUAACAGAAAGUUCUAUACAAAAUGUGCUCAAUUGUUACUACCAAGCCACAGAGUAUGAUAAAGACUGGUACAAAGCAUGGCACGCCUGGGCGUACAUGAAUUUUGAGACUGUACUAUUUUACAAAAACAAAGAAGAGACUGAUAAAUCAACUACAGAAAGGGCUGUAGAGGAACCUGAUAAAAACAUUGACUUGAAUAAGCAUACUGUGUUAGCAGUACAGGGUUUUUUCAAAUCAAUAUAUCUAUCUAAAGGUAGUUCUCUUCAAGACACUUUGCGUUUGCUAACCUUGUGGUUUGAUUACGGACAGUCUAUGUCAGUCUCAGAAGCAAUUUCAGAGGGUAUUCGUUUAGUAGAGAAAAAUACUUGGCUUCAAGUAAUUCCACAAUUGAUAGCUAGAAUAGAUACAAACCGCUUGUUAGUUUCCAAGCUGAUCCAUAGUUUACUAGUAGAUAUCGGUAAGACUCAUCCCCAGGCUUUGGUAUAUCCUUUAACUGUAGCUACAAAGAGUAAUUCUACUAUAAGAAAAAAUGCUGCAAACAAAAUAUUGAAAAGUAUGAGUGAACAUUCUCCUACUUUGGUUAGACAAGCACUCAUGGCAUCUGAAGAGUUAAUCCGGGUCGCCAUUUUGUGGCAUGAGAUUUGGCAUGAAGGACUGGAGGAAGCAUCAAGAUUAUAUUUUGGCGAAAGAAAUGUUGAAGGUAUGUUGAGGAUUUUAGAACCUCUGCAUGCCAUGAUGCAAAGGGGACCUGAGACAUUAAAAGAAACUAGUUUUAAUCAAGCAUAUGGCAGAGAUUUGGGUGAAGCUCAUGAAUGGUGUCAGAGAUAUAGGAUUUCCGGAAACAUACGUGAUCUGAACCAAGCAUGGGACCUUUACUAUCAUGUCUUUAGGCGGAUAUCUCGUCAAUUGCCUCAACUUACAUCUUUGGAGUUACAAUAUGUAUCUCCGAACUUAUUGGUUUGUAAAGAUUUGGAACUUGCUGUUCCAGGAAGCUAUGCACCUGGUCAGAAUGUUGUCAGGAUCGCUUAUUUCAACAGAUCUCUAGAGGUAAUCACUUCAAAACAACGCCCAAGGAAGCUGAUCGUUCGUGGCAGCAAUGGAAAAGACUACAUGUUCCUCUUGAAAGGCCAUGAAGAUCUGCGUCAAGAUGAAAGAGUUAUGCAGCUGUUUGGACUAGUCAAUACUUUACUUCUGAAAGAUCCGGAUACUUUUCGACAAAAUUUAACGAUUCAACGUUACGCUGUCAUUCCCUUGAGUACAAACUCUGGUCUGAUAGGUUGGGUACCUCACUGUGAUACACUACACACAUUGAUUAGAGAUUACAGAGAUAAGAAGAAGAUCCUGUUGAACAUUGAGCACAGGAUUAUGCUCCGAAUGGCUGCCGAUUACGAUCAUUUGACUGUUAUGCAGAAGGUGGAGGUGUUUGAGCAUGCUUUAGAACACACUCACGGUGAUGAUUUGGCUAGAUUGCUGUGGCUGAAGAGCCCUUCGUCUGAAGUUUGGUUUGACCGUCGAACAAACUAUACUAGAUCUUUGGCAGUGAUGUCUAUUGUGGGAUACAUUUUGGGAUUGGGUGACAGACAUCCCAGUAAUUUAAUGUUGGACAGGCUUACAGGAAAAAUCCUUCACAUUGAUUUUGGCGAUUGCUUUGAAGUAGCUAUGACUAGAGAAAAGUUCCCAGAGAAAAUUCCAUUUAGACUGACGAGAAUGCUUAUAAAUGCAAUGGAAGUUACUGGAAUAGAGGGUACGUAUCGCCGAACUUGCGAAUCAGUUAUGUCUGUCCUACACCGCAACAAAGAUAGUUUAAUGGCAGUUCUUGAGGCUUUUGUAUACGAUCCAUUGCUCAACUGGAGGCUUAUGGACACAACAAUCAAAAACCGAUCCAAUACAAAUGAAAUUGGAUCUUUCUCUACUGGAACGUCGCAGGAACAAGACUUGAUAGAGUCAAUUAGCGUAACUUUGAACAAAAAGAGCCUUCUAGCAGAUAUUGUUAAUGACAGUUUACAGCCUGAGGGGGUUAAUAAGAAGGCAAUUACUAUCAUCAACAGAGUAAGAGAUAAGUUGACUGGUAAUGAUUUCAAUUUUGAGGAACAGCUGACAAUUGAGAAGCAGGUUGAUUUACUGAUUCAACAUGCUACUAGUAAUGAAAAUUUGUGUCAAUGUUACAUAGGUUGGUGUCCAUUUUGGUAAAGAUAAAAUAUAUUAAAAUAUUGUUUUGUAUAUAUGUAAUUUAAUAAAUAAUAAUUUGUGUCAUUUUAAUUUAGGUACAGGCAAAUACAACCCACGAUUUUACUUUGUGGAUGAAUUUGUUUUAGAGCUUUUGUAGAGAUUACUUGAGCUGUUUAAAAAAAUAAGUUCAUGUGUACUUUUAUACAUUAAAAGUAGAAUCUUAAUAAAGUUUUGAAGUACAUUA